ACUCGACGGUCGCAAUCAAUCGUUUGUGUUAAUUCACCCCGUGUGCCAUUGAAAAGCAAAAGCGAAGCACUCAGGUUCCAACCUCUUUCCUCCCUUUUACAAUAAAUUCUAAGCAAAUUUCUUGCUACACUAGUGUGACAAAUUUCUGUUCUAAGUAGUAUCAGGAAAAAGAUACAUAAUGAGCUGGCAGGAUUAUGUUGACAAUCAGCUCCUGGCUUCCCAGUGCGUAUCGAAAGCGGCCAUCGCCGGUCAUGACGGUGGUGUAUGGGCCAAAUCAGAAGGAUUUGAAGUAUCAAAAGACGAAGUGGCGAAAAUAGUUGCAGGUUUCGACAAAACCGAACUGCUAACCUCAGGAGGAGUGACACUGGCCGGCCAGCGUUACAUCUAUCUAUCCGGAACCGACCGAGUGAUCCGGGCCAAGCUAGGAAAGACUGGAGUCCACUGUAUGAAAACACAGCAGGCUGUUAUAGUAUCAAUUUACGAAGAGCCAGUACAGCCUCAGCAAGCGGCAUCUAUAGUCGAAAAGCUUGGAGAUUAUCUUAUUACUUGUGGUUAUUAGAAGAGGUAAACUUUCAUACUGCUUUUUUAUAAUUUAAACUUUAGAAACACACUUGAAUAAAAAAAUUGAAAAAGUCGAUAAAAAUGCGAAAAAACAUGCUACAGUAUGAGCGUAUUGCUUUAGGAUUGAAAUGAACGAAGAAAACUAAAACAGUGGCAAACAUAAUGCUAAUUGUAAGAAUGAGAUCAAGAAAAGGAGAUUCUGUUUUUCUUCCUUUGCAGUCAAUAUUUUUAAGUUCCCUUGCUAGUUUUUGUUUUUCUUUUGUUUCCAUUAGAUUGAGCGAACCGUUGGAGAAUGAAAGAAAGGACAUUUGAAGCUCUGUAAACUGUUAUCGAAUUAGUGGUUUUGUUGUUCCCUUUGCGUUCUGCGAUCGUAAAUAGUAGCUAUUUGCGUUGUUUUUCCAUAUGUUCGCUUUGCAUAUUUGUUAAACUCGAAUAUAGAUCAGAAAACGGGAGGAAACAAAACAUGCAAGAAAGCUAAAAGUUGUCACGGUAUGAUUUUCUAUUUUGUUUUUCUUCUCUCUUCCUCUUUUAUUUGCAGCCCUCGGCGGCAGUGUGCGCGUAUGACUCUUGUAUUUGUGUAAAAUCGUUUCCGUAACUUAAGAAACUGUAAUUUGUAUUAGCUUUUAAAAAAAUCUUAAUGCAUCUCUCUGAAUUGGCGGUAGCAUCGAAGAACAGAAAGAAGACUUAUUGCAUUGGCUAGGGCAAUAAAUCAGAAAAGAAACAGAAGGAAUAGGACUAGAGAUCGGAACACUUCUGUAUAUAACAGGGGAACUCCUUUCAUACUCUUCGAUGGCACACGUGAUGAUAUAGAACAGUCAUAGGACACGAAUAAGCAUGAGCAAGCAUGGGUUGUAAAAGCCGAAACAAAACGGACAAGAAAAUGUGUAAAAUUCAAAGAUUUACGGUUUAAUCAAAGACCAUUUUUGGUGGCAAAAGGAAGAAAUGAAACGCAUAACUUACUCUACUAUUAUUAUCAUCAUCCGUAACUGUAUUAAUUAUUCUGAAGAAUCAGCUGAUGUGAAGUAUGCAACAGAUUUCGAUCAUUGAUUUGCUAAAGCGAAAAAAAAAUCAUUUUCUUUGUCGGACAGCAUAAAAAGCAUAAUAUGAGAUAAACAAGCAAAGUACUAUGAUAAGGAUAAUACAAUGAUAAUAAAACAGAAAAGGAUAACAGCGAAAUCAUAAAGGAAAACAAUGUGUGUGAUUUACUACUAGUUUAACAAUAAGGGAAAAACAAGUGAAAAAUGAAAGAGUUUUAUGUCUCUUUAGUUUUUUAUAAAUUAAUGUAGAUGUUUUGUGGUUAUAAUUUAUUCUUACUUUAUAAUCGAAAGAAACGUGCUGAUGGUUUGUAAUUUUUUUUCUGCAUUUCUUCCAUAAAUCAAGCAUCCCUAUUUCGUUGUUUUCUGUCUACUUAUUGAGCUAUUUUUCAUGAAUGUCCUUUCUAUAAAAGAAAGAAAUAAAGAAACAAAGCCGAA